AUGAAGACCCAUUACUGGGUUCGAGCUGCUUCUUCAGAUUUUACUGGAAUUCUUCCCCAACCUCGAAGUGGUCACACAGCUGUGGACAUCGGGAAAUCGAAGAUCGUGGUUUUCGGAGGUCUAGUCGACAAGAAGUUCCUCAAUGAUGUCACUGUUUAUGACAUUGAGAACAAGUUGUGGUUUCAGCCGGAGUGCACAGGUAGCUAUUCUGGUGGGCAAGUGGGUCCAAGCCCACGAGCUUUCCACGUUGCUGUUUCAAUUGAUUGUCACAUGUUCAUUUUUGGUGGGAGGGCUGGUGGUAAAAGGUUGGGUGAUUUUUGGGUCCUAGAUACCGAUAUAUGGCAAUGGUCUGAGCUUUCAAGUUUUGGCGACUUGCCUUCUGCAAGGGAUUUUGCAGCUGCUUCAGCCAUUGGCAAUCGUAAAAUUGUUAUGUAUGGUGGUUGGGAUGGUAAGAAAUGGCUGUCAGACGUCUAUGUCCUAGAUACAAUUUCAUUAGAGUGGACUGAGUUGUCAGUUUCUGGAACAAUACCUCCUCCGAGAUGUGGGCAUUCUGCAACAAUGGUGGAGAAACGGUUGCUUAUGUAUGGUGGUAGAGGAGGUGGCGGACCAAUCAUGGGUGAUCUAUGGGCUUUAAAGGGCCUUAUUGAAGAAGAAAAUGAAACUCCCGGAUGGACACAACUGAAGCUUCCUGGUCAAGCUCCUUCACCCCGUUGUGGACACACCAUCACAUCUGGAGGGCACUAUCUCUUAUUGUUUGGAGGGCAUGGAACUGGUGGUUGGUUGAGCCGUUAUGAUAUUUAUCAUAACGACUGUAUUGUUCUAGACAGGGUGUCUGCGCAGUGGAAACGUUUGCCAACUAGUAAUGAACCCCCGGCUGCUCGAGCAUACCAUUCUAUGAAUUAUGUUGGUUCACGUUACUUACUGUUUGGCGGCUUUGACGGAAAGUCAACCUAUGAUGAUCUAUGGUGGCUCGUACCUGAAGGGGACCCUAUUGCAAAGAGGAUGAUAACAUCUCCAUCUGAAGUUAUGUCAGAAAAUAGGAAUACAACCAUGGUAAAUGAUACCCUAUCUGGAACCAAGGAAGGCCAAAUGGAAGGAUCUGCAGUGUUCGAGUUGCAGAAAAGAUUAGAAAUUUCAGUUUUACGUUUUAAUCCCGAGAAAAUCGUAGAUGAAAUGGAAGAUAGAGAAUUUGUCCAACUGGCAUCAAGAGUGGUUGGUGAAGGGGCUGUGGAAAAGAGAGAGGCACUCCGUGAUCACUGGAUGAAGUCUACACCAAGGUCAAUAACAUUGAAGGAGCUUAGUCCAUUACUGCACGACUACCAACGAUUGAUUACUCGGCACAAUAUAGGAAAGGCUGGAUCAAAUUUACAACCUGCGAAAUAUGGUUUUAGUGGAAAGGAAGCUUUUCGAUUUUAUCAUGUUAGAAAUGCUUCUCAGUUGCGUAUGGAUGAUAUCCCAAAUCUAUUGGAGGAAUACAAAGUGCUUCUAUCAUCUGUAAGAACGAACUGA